GAGGGCUCUGUGACGGCUUCCCUCCCGCCGGCGGGGCUGGGCCGGGCUGGGCUUGGCCGGGCAGGCUCCUCGCCCCACCCUGCCACGGCGCGCAGCACCGCAGGUUCCUCAGUGCGGGGCUGCUGCGAGUGCGCAGCGCGGCGCGAUGGUGCUGACCGUGCUGGACCUGGCCAACUGGAGCACCUGGGCGGUGUGCGCAGUGAUGAAGGGCCCGCAGCUGGUGGCGGUGGUGAUGGCCCAGUCGGCGCGGGGGCUCAGCGUGUGCAGCCUUCUCCUGGAGCUGGCCGGCUUCCUUGUGUUUCUGAGGUACCAGAUGUAUUACAAUUAUCCUCUACAGACAUACCUGGAAUAUCCCAUCAUCAUUGCACAAGAUGUCAUUCUCCUUUUGUUUAUUCUGCGUUUCAGUGGAAACAUGAAACGAGCUUUGUUCUAUGCAGUCAUGUAUCCUUGGGGGGGCUGGUACAUGCUAACACUGAGGAAGCGCAUACUAGACAUGGCCAUGAAUUUUUGCACACUGAUCAGUGCAGCCAGUAAGGUGGCUCAGCUGCGGUGUCUCUGGCAGACAAAAGAGUCAGGACAAGUGAGUGCCUUGACCUGGAGCUUGUCUGCAUAUACCUGUGCAACAAGAAUAGUUACAACUCUAAUGACUACGAAUGAUCUUGCAGUUCUCAUCCGUUUCAUAACCAUGCUCAUUCUCAAUAUUUGGGUCACAGUCACAAUCCUGCACUACAGGAAAACUAAAAAGACUGAUUAGAAGACACUCAUCAGCAUACAACAUAGAUUACAUCAAAAAAAAAGGUGGUACAGUUAAGUUCAAACAACAGAACAAAGGUUGAGAAAUCUAUGUCUUAAGCCUAGUAUUUUUUCCUAAGCAUAAUAAGUCAUGUUUAUUUUCUCUUAUAAAUAACUCUGAUACUUAAUUUAAGCAGCAUCUUUUCUUUGGUCAUUUAAGACAAGUUUCAUUGAUACCACAUUUUCUCUGGGUUUUUUUACUAAAUGAACAAGGUAUUUUGUAUUUAAAUGUAUUUAAAUGUUUCUCCUGUCACUUCAGUACUUUCUGGUCACAUACAAGGUUCUUUAAUUAUACAAGAGCAAUUUUCAACCAACAUAUCAUCUCAUCUUUUUGCAUCUGCUGAGUUUUAAAAACAACAGAUGUUUGUCUUCUUGCAACUCAGUUAGUUCGACACCAUAACUAUCGUUUAGGAUCUUAUAGGAUUAAGAAAAUCUGAGUCAAGGCCCAAUCCAAAUUAAAAAAAAAAAGCUUCUGUUUUACUAAGUCAUAAUCCAGUUGGGAUGCUUACAUGCAACACUUAUACAAUCUAUACAGCUGAUAUAGGAUACCCAUGGUCACUUUCUUCUAUAUGCCCAGAUUUUAUUAGGAUUUUUUUAUUAGAAUUUUUAUUAGGAUAGAGCAAAAACUCAACUAUGAAUUUUUCUUUUUCAACCUGGGCUCUCAUUCACUGAACAUUCUGUUUUAGGAACAGCAGAUACCACUAUGUAUAGAACUUAAUGAAACUUUGACCAACAGUUAAAAACUGUGUUCAAGCAGAGUUCCUGAACAGCUACUGAGUCCCCCAGUGCAACCCAUACUGACACUGGUCUGUUUACACUGGUCUGCAUACUUGAUGCAUCACAGCAGACUCAUCAGCUGUCAGUUCUUGACGAUACCACUCUGUGCUUUCUUAGUUUUUAGCCUGUCUUAAAUAAAGACAUCAGCUUUUACUUUGGAGAUUCUAAUCAGUUCGUAGUAGGAAUACUUAAAAGGGAAAAGGAUAUUCUUGGGAACUAUUAACAGAGGAUUUUGCUUUAUGAAAUAAUGCCUUUCCAGCCAGAAGGUACAGAAUUUAUCCUAUAUUGCCUGUUUCUCAUUAUGUUCUCCAAAAUGAAAGGUAAUGCCUUUUUGAGAGUUCUUGUGGUAUUCCAGUUGAUUGGCAUGUUAAAACCAAGGCACCCUUGGGCCUGACACCCUUGAAAACUAUCAGAAGGCUGCACUGACUACGUUUGAGGCAGGUUUUCCUUGCAACACACAAAAUCACUGGAGUCCAGUGGAAGAGCAGGAUCUGCUCCAGCAGAUGUUUCUGCCAAUGUACACUCUGCAGUCAGACUGAGACCUUCACAAUCAGAAAUAGCUGCAUUGGAAACUCACGUUAGAGUGGGAAGGAGUGGGAAGCAGUACAUCUGUAGACAUAGAGUUUCAUGAAUCUCAUUUACUGACAGCAAUUUCCAAGAUGAGGAUUUCUCACUGUUCCAAUAAAAUUUAUAAGUGUUUCUGUCCUGUUUAAAAAAGUAAACAUCCUGUUACUGAUUUUAUUAAAGCUGUAUAAAAUACCUGGAGUGGUCUGAAUGGUGGCAGGUUGCAUGUGAUACAUUUUCCAUGUCAUAUUAAUAAAUGCUAUUCUUCAUGAUUGAAUAAUGUCAUACUUACAGUUAAUUUUCAUUAUAGUUAUUUUUUUAUUGUUUCCGUAUAUGGAGAAAAAAAUGAAAUAUUCAUUACAGGUCAUUAGUGGCAGCUUUCACCUUAAUAUUUGAAGCAUCAGUUUGUAUUAACCUGUAAAAUGCCAGAGAGCUCCAGCAUCAUAAAAUAAAAGACUUACUUCUCAUCUUGUCUUUUUAUUUUACAUAUCUUCUUGAUAGAGAAAGAUUGAUAUGGAGUCCAAACCCUGUCUGACACUGACAUCCUGAAUGAUGCCAUAACAAUUUGAAGACACUCCAUUUUCAGUUUGAGGAUCAGCACUUCAAGUUGUUUUGUUGUCAUAAAACACUGGAAAUACAUCUAAGCAAAUUUCUUUACAGAUUGCUUAACAUACCUACAAUAAAUAAUCCUAGAAACUUUAGGCAAAAAAAGUGAGAGACUGAGUAGAAGAAACAAAUCUGGGUAAUUCACAAGCUUAAGGUAAAGUAAUUUUGUGGACUUAAGAGCUGGACCAUGAGUUCUCAUUCAAGCUGC